CCUUUCGCUCAGGUCCACAAGGCCCGUUUAAGCUGGCCCACACCCCCGUUAUCACACGCCUUGUCCGCAGCAUUCGACUCUUUAUAGACUCGCUUCCACCCAUGGCCUGCACGUCGAUCAGGCGUCCGAGCAAGGUUUUGGUGCAAAUCACGAUCGAACUCGGUCUCCCUCCGCUGCACUUCCUUCACACCACACCCGGUUUCGAAUCAAGGCCACUAUGACCGCGCGUGCCCGUCUCGAACGCAUCGAUGAAGACCAAGAGUCUCCCUUCCAACGCCGGACCGUAUGCGACCGACUCCAGGACUAUCGCCAGCUUGGCUGGCUGGCAUGCGCUACGACCUCGCUGCUCACGACACGGCAUUUGCUGAUUGAAAGAAAUCUGCACUAUCCCUUGCAACUGUACAUCACCCAGAUUGCGGCUACGGCACUAGUCGCUUUCCUUUUACAUCCAUGGAGACCGAGCGCUCAACAUGCCAGCGAGCAAGAACAACGUAGGAAGCGACCAGUUCAAGGUGCACUGUUAUUGGCCGCUUCGAAUCUCUUGCAAGCGGUAUCUACAUUCUGCAUAGUGCAAGCAAUCCUGCAUACCUCGAAUCUACCCCUACUAUGCAUGAUAACGACGAUAGCCUUCUUCGCUGAAGGUGUAGUUCUCUAUGUAUUGAACUACACACCUCGCUCAAACGCAGAAGCCCUGUCUUUGAGCUUGCUUGCCACAGCUUGUGCUGGUAUCCUGUUCAUGGAAUACCGUCUAAUGGUACCAAGCUUGAUCGCAUCGAUCUUGGCAAUGCUCCUCGUUGGCGCAGCGAGUGCACUGAAGAAGCUUGCUGCUAGACACUAUCCGGGAGAGUAUGCUACCCGAAGCAUGAAUGCGAUGUUGCUCGUUGCUAUGGGCGGUUUACUUGCAUUGUUCUGUCUUGUCAGCAACUUUCCGGGCGAGCACUGGGACUCAUUCGACACAAGCAGCCUGCCUCUCCGGACUCUCAAUGCCUUCUCAACAGCAGCGGCAUUGUUGAGUGGGGGUUCGAUCCUUUUCCCAAUGGACAUGCAGUCAGGAGGCCAACUACCCGGAAGCAGUUUUGCCGCAACACAACGCGUCCGCAGCGCCACGACAAUUCUAGCCAUGGCAGCCAUAACUGGUUGCUUUACUGUUCUGUCAACGCGUCGAUCCUACACCAGCUUUUACCAACUAACAUGCUUUUUCCUCGCCAUCAUGUGCGCAUGUGGUAGAGAUAUCUACGACACCGUGUGGAAACAGCCCAGCCGUCACGAUGGCUCCCGCGGAAGUUACGAUCUCGUCUCACGCUCCCCGAAUGCACCGAUCGAUGACGAAGAGGAUUUUGGUACCAAAGCACAACGAGCAUCACGACCAAGAUCGCAGGGCAACAGUGCUCGCUCUCCUUUGGUCAGCUUGGCCUUGAUUGUGCUGUGGACAGCAUUCGUGAGCUUGAACUUUGGACAACGACAAUACCCUCGGGAGGAGCCCCGUCUGGAUCUACAAUACGAACCCAUUGGGCCCUUAGAAGUUGUCAUCAGCAUGUACAAGGAGCGCACUGAGGAUGUUGCUGCGCUCAUAAAGAAACUAGAGAGCAUGCCACAAAUGACCGAGGCUCUUGUCACGAUUUACUUGAAGGAUGGCGAAGCAGAUGAAAGAAAGAUCAAAGCGGAAACAAACGCGCACGAAGUCAUCAAGCUCCCAAACAUAGGACGCGAAGCCGAAACCUACCUGAACCACAUCGUCAACCGCUGGGACAGCCUUGCAGAAAGAACGAUUUUCCUCCAAGCCGACGUGCACAAUCCACGAGAAUUCUACCCAUUCUUCGAGCGAUACUUCCGUGCGAAUCAGACGGGCUUCCUCAACCUGGGUUGGGCGGGAAUAUUAUGCAAUGGCGACGACUGUGGGGACAAGCGCGGCUGGCGUGACGAGACAUCGCUGUUCGCGGACGUACAAUCCCGAAUCGACGGAUCCACUCGUGAGAACGUGCUGCUCAGCUACAAGGGCCAGUUCGUUGUCACUGCCGCGCGCAUUCGUGGAAUCGACAAGUCCAUCUAUGACGAUUUGUGGCAGCUCUUCAUCGACGAACACAGCUGGGCCCACCAAGAACCCUACCUUCAGGAACGACCCGAUUCGAUGAGCCAACCCUGGUUCGGAUACACAAUGGAGAGGAUAUGGAAUGUGCUGUUUCAGUGCUCAGACAUGGAUGUUGCAUGGCGAUGCCCGACCCUGUUGAGCGGGUGGAGACCUGGUGGUAGCAUUGCCGACUGCCAGUGCUUUGAUUCAGAAUUGGCUGAGUAGGUGGAGAAGCAUGCGUAGCGUCUAAGCA